CCACAAGGUGCAGUCAAUUUUUGAACUAAACUCAACAACAUACAAGAGUCGCCUUCGCAUAAAAUAUAAAAAACAAAUAUGAAGUACAUUGUAUUGGCCCUUUUCCUCUGUCUGCUGGCUGUGGCUCUGGUCAACGCGGUGCCCGUCGAUGAGACUCUCCAGGGUGACAACUUCUUUGGACAGUCGGAUGUGCACAAUCCCCACGAUCCUCAGGCCAUCUUCAAGCUGAAGAAGCUUAAAAAACUACUGCUCGGUUAAGGUCACAGGGCAUCCUCAUCAAUUAUGUUGACUCUAGUUAUCACACACACACACAUACAUAGACGCACAACAAACUGGGAAUGUCACCCCGCUCUUUGCUAUCGCCUAGGCAUUGCGCUGCAUUUAACCCCUAACUUUAAGAUAAAUACAAUUCAAUGAAACUUACAGCAUUUAAAUAAAUUUAACUCUCUACAAGAAGACAAGGACUAUCAUAAACAGAGAAGUAAAACGAAACUAAAA